AUGCCUGAUUUUCAGGGAGAACGAUGUGACAUUACACCUAUCGUCACACCUGUACAGCGAUCCAUGGUUUCUCGCACUGAUCGCACUAAGGAGCGAUAUGAUGAAACAGGCGCAAGAUUAGUUGCGGGUAUUGUUCCUCUUUCAUCUACUAAGACGCAUCCUGGAUUUCCUGAAAGAAAAUAUAUUUUAUGCAUCAGUUCAACCAACAACAAACAAUCAUGGGUUUUGCCAAAAGGUGGAUGGGAGAUCGAUGAGCUAAUUGAGGAGGCAGCACUUCGAGAAGCAUGGGAAGAAGCUGGUAUUGUUGGUAAAAUUACGUGCUCUCUUGGAAUGAUGCACGACCCGCGUCCAGCAAAGACAUUUCAACGAGCAGUUAAAUAUGUGAUGCAGGAAGAUCAUCCAUAUGUGUUUCAUAAUUCAUGCAUUCCUCCUCGUGCAAUUUUUCAAUACUUUGAACUUGAUGUAGAGCGUCUUGAAGACGAAUAUCCUGAAAUGAACAAACGUAUACGUAAAUGGAUGACUUAUUCAGAAGCAAAAGAAGCCCUUGCGUGGCGACUAGAAAUGGUUGAAGCAUUAGAACGAAGUUCAAUCCUUAAGGUUUGA